AUGCGUAUUAAAAAGCACCCUUCGGAAAACGUUAUUGAAGAAAUUAUUACUACUACUUUAGAAUCACCUACCGAUGAAGGAUACAACGACGGUUAUGAAGAAGUAAAACAUGAAAUUGAAAUUCCUACUUGGAUAACUUCUCUAAGUGAAGAACAAAGAGCUGAUUUACGUUACCCUUCAACAAAUCAGGUGAAUUCAUUUUCAAAAUCGAACGAUGGAAGCAAUUCUCAGCAACAAGAAUUAUCACAGAAUUUAGAUGUAUGGGAUGAUGUAUUACCACAUUCAAGAACAACUAUUAGUCAAAGUAGUAUAAAUAUACCCUCAGCCAUUCCGUCGACAUCUUUAUCAACUAUUUCUGCCCCAAUUUCGGAUACAUCAUUUUCAAAAUCAAGAGUUUCCCCACGAUCCACAAACAUACCGUGUUCGUUACACCAUUCGACUUCGUCUAUACAAUCGUCACCCGUUCCCGCUUAUUUCACCUUCUUCCCGUCUGUUUAUAUUCCAUAUAAUCUUCCUAAUCACCAAAAUGAAUCGGGGCAACCCGUAAUUAAUUGGAAACACUUAUUUCAUCAAAGAUCAUUAAUUGAGCAUCAUUGGCGUAAGGGUAUUUAUUCAAUUCGGGAAUUACCGGGGCACAAUGAAAGUAUAUAUUGUAUUCAGUUUGACGAACACAAGAUUAUAAGCGGAAGUCGUGACGAUACGAUCAAAAUUUGGGAUAUUAAAACUGGACAUUGUGUUAAAACAUAUCGUGGACAUAAACAAUCUGUUUUAUGUUUACAAUAUGAUGAUAAAGUAAUUGUUAGUGGAAGCAGCGAUGCGACUAUUAUAAUUUGGGAUUUAGUUACAGGAGAAAUUAUACGUACAUUGGAAGGUCAUAGUGAAAGCGUUUUAAAUUUACGAUUUGAUGAUGAUCUUAUUAUAAGUUGUUCAAAAGACCGUACGGUAAGAAUCUGGGAUCGUGAAAUAGGGACGUGUCUUCGAGUGUUAAAUGGACAUCGUGCAGCGGUUAAUGCUGUACAAUUUAAAGAUGGAUAUGUAAUUUCAGCAUCAGGAGAUCGUACGAUUAAAUUAUGGUCUCUUUCAACUGGACAAUGUCUUCGUACUUUUGAUGGUCAUUCGCGUGGAAUUGCCUGUAUUCAAUUUGACGGAAACAUUAUUGUUUCCGGAUCAAGUGAUAAAACUAUAAAAGUUUUUGAUGUUCAUACCGGAGCUUGUUCAUCCACUCUUGUUGGACAUACCGAUCUUGUCAGAACUUUACAGUUUGAUAAAAAUAAAAUCGUUAGCGGGAGUUAUGACGAAACCCUUAAAGUUUGGGAUCCUAAAACAGGAGAAUUGUUGUCCAAUUUAAUUCAUGGUCAUACUAGCAGGUAA